AUGGCUGAUCCUAAUCCUACUACGAAUUAUCAGCAAGAUGAUGGAUUCGGUGUAGGAAAUACACAGAUAGCAGCUUAUAUGUUUGCUGGACUUGCUAUGAUGCUUAAUAUUAGGCUUUCAUACAGUGCUGCGCCAUACGCUCUUCUGAGGUUUAAAUUACCUGAGAAUCUCUUCAGUGUCUUCGUAAGGACUACCUCAAGUGCUUUGGAACUUUGGUGUAUUCCAAGCAUGCUAAUGGGAAACAUUAUGGAGCAAGUCUAUAACCAGACUCAAAAUACCAUAGGACCUCAUGCCGACGAACUCAAGAAUAAAGCCACUCAAAUACAGUCUAAGGCCGGAGAACUUAAAACCAAUGCCGGUACUCAAUCUAUCAGUGAACUUGGUCCAACUAAUCUGACUGAUCUCGAAUCAAAUAAACAUCCUCAAGGUGGGCUCCAGAAUAAAGCCGGAGAACUACAGCGUAAGGCCGACUCACUUUACAAUCAGUCUCAAUCACUAGAAAACGCUGCUAGUCCUGGUAGUACACUAUCUGUGCUUAAUGAACUAGCGGGACAACUUAAGACGGCAGCCAAGAAUGAUCCUACUGAUGGUCUACACAAGGCAGCAAAUGAUCUAGCUCAAGCUACUCAGACUGGUAAACCUGCUGAUGGUCAUGCCUAUAAUGUUAUGACCAAAUUUGACAAAGUCGAAACCCAGUACAAUCUACUAAUGAAAGCAGCCGGUGAUAAUGGGCUAACCGGUCAUCCCAAUGUCACUGAGGUGGUCAAGGCCUACCACUCUGUUAAGAACACCUAUUACCAAAUGCUCAUCACCUAUAGGAUCCAAAAGAAGGCAGAAGAAUUUUACGGUGCGGCCACACAACUUAAGACUCAGGCUAAGAGUGCUGGUGAUUCUACUCCUGAGACUCCACUCGGAAAACUUCAAAAGGCUGCCAAUACUCAAAUGGACCAACUAGUUCAGAAUGCCAACAAUCUUCAAAGGAUUGCUCUAGGUACGGAAUCUGACUCUAACAUCGUAAAUAAGUACCUACUAGUAGCAGAUGCUUACAACGCACUUGCAGCCAUACCAGAGUUCACAGCUGCAGAAGGUGUGACUCAGGUUACACAAGUUAAAGAUAAGUUUGGUCCCCUUAAGAAGUCCUAUGAAAAUGUUCUCAAACUUAGGGUCCAGGAACUUGCCAAAAAAGCCCAAGCACUUCACGACAAUGCCGAUACACUACCUAGUGCAGUUAAUGAACUUAGAGAACAAGCCAAUGAUCUCAGGGAUGCAGCCAGUAAAUCUGAUAAUAGUAGUGGUCUGGCACAGAAAGCAGAGGGACUGGUAGGUGCUAUCAAAACUACCGGUGACACUAAUGGUACUAAGGCCGGUGAGGUAAUAACCCAAUUCAACGAAGUAGUCCAACAAAGGUACGAAACACUGGCAAAUAAAACUGAAUACAAACAAAAACUAGCAGCUGCUGAUGAAAAUGUCCAGAACGUUGAAACAGCCUACAACAAUCUCAAGACUCUAUAUGAAAAGAUCCUAAACUUUACCAAACUAGAGAAGAAGGCCGGAGAACUAGAAAAUGCAGCCAAUCAACUAUCCAAUAAUCCCGGUAAGGUCAACGAGGUCAUUACCAACUACCAGAAAGUCGUUGAUUCCUACAACGCACUAGGUGAUAGUAAGCCCAUAGUUCAAGCUCAAUUCAUUAAUCUUCAGAAAGAGUAUUCCAAGGCUAUAUAUAAAUAUAAGUUUCACUUCCUAACUAUUCCUUCCAUGAUUACUAAUUGGUUAAACUUUCUCACAUUUGUAAUCCUGUUGAUAGUUUUCGUUACAGGUGGUGAAAACGGUCAUGUUACGGGUUAUUACUGGAUUAUGGCAGCUUCCGGAUUUGUGUUCGGUAUUAACAUGGUCCUUGUAUAUGCUAUAGAUUAUAGAUAUCUUCCAUUCUAUAUGGCUGGUGAGAAUUCAUUUCCAAUGGUCACCUCACUAAUACUUUACUUUGCUACAUCUAUAUUUGGUAACAGGAGGAAAUAUAAUUCUGACUACGUCGUUGUCGUAAUUGACGUCUCAAUAGCAAUACUAAUAGCAUUUGUAGCCUCGGUGCUCUGGACAGUGGCCUUCCACGACUAUAGGGCUACAAUGUCAUCCGACUUAACUCCCAAAUGGCCCGAACUAAUAUCUCCAGUUGCAAUGGUGAUUGUUGGUAUGGGACUUGUGUAUUCUAUUUACCCUGGUAUAGCACCUGGUAUGAUUGUACCAUUCUAUCUCAUUGAUAAGAUUGAAAUGGUACUUCUGGUGGCUACUGCAUUUCCACCUGUCAUAAUAGCUAUCCUCAGAAAAUAUGCUCCGGACUGGUCACCUCAAACCAAUUUCGUACCCUCUUUAGGUGGUUUUGGCGGCUGGACCAAAUACACAGGCCCACCCUGGGAAGGUAGUGCUACCGUUUAUGCUUGGAUCUGGCACUUCUUUGAUAUAUUGAUACCACUCCAGAUUUCUUUAGCUGUUAUAUUCAUCUACUCUUUGCACUAUAGAGAUUCAUCUAUAUCUAGGUCGAUUGUUAACCAACCUAAGAUGUCUACAUUUCUCACAAUAGUUUUUUAUAUGUGUCAUGAAAUUCUUUUAGCUUUGGGGUUUCCAGGUAUGGUUGGUAAUAAUGGAGCUGGAGGUGCAGUAUUGCUACCAGUUCAAUAUGUUGGAGCACUUUUGAUGGUGUUCUUAGCGUUCUAUAGCAUAGGUUAUAUAACAGAAUAUAAGAAGCACGAUCCUUCAGAGUGGCCCACCGAGGGGAUGACAAAGUGGAAUGCCAUGUGUUACUGGUUAAAGAUGGCGAGCAAAAUUACAAAUAAAAAUUUCAAACAAUUGUUUACAACUGAUUUACAUAGAAAUCAGGUUCUGUGUAUUAAGAGAAAAUAUAAUGUAGUGGUGUGUAUAAUGAAUAUAUGUGGUAUAUAUUAA